CCUCGCCCGGUAGCCAUGGCCGCUGGCCCUGCGCCCUCCGGAGGGCGCUCUCGUGAGCAAAUGCCUCACCUGAGCAAGAUGGAGCGGGUGGUCGUGAGUAUGCAGGACCCCGACCACGGCGUGAAUAUGCGGAGCCAGCGACUGCUCAUCACAGUCGUUCCACACGCGGUCACUGGCAACGACAUCAUGGAGUGGCUUAUCCACAAAUACUGCAUCUCAGAGGAGGAGGCCCUGCACCUGGGCACCCUCCUCCUACGUCAUGGCUACCUGUACCCGCUGCAGGACCCUGGCAGCCUCGUGCUCAGGCCGGAUGAAACGCUCUACAGGUUCCAGACACCCUAUUUCUGGACGAGCACCCUGUGGCCAGCUUCUGAGCUCGACUAUGCCAUCUACUUGGCCAAGAAGAACAUCCGAAAGCAUGGGGCCCUUGCCGACCAUGAGAAGGAACAUCAUGGCCAGCUGCACAGGAAGAUCAACCACAUGUGGGACCUGGUAGUGAUGCAGGCCAGAGAACAGCUGCGGGCAGCUAAGCAGCGCAGGAAGGGGGACAGGCUGGUCGUUGCGUGCCAGGAGCAGACGUACUGGCUGGUGCACAGGCCUCCGCCUGGAGUCCCCAGUGUGCUGGAGCAGGCUCCAGAGCGGGGCUCCUGCACUGCCAGGCGAGUGCUGAUGACCAAGAAUGCGGAUUUCUACAAGCGGGAGAUCGAGUGCUGCAGGAGGGCCCUGGGCAGGACGCGGGUGAAGUCCUCUGUCAGCCUCGAGGCGUACCUGAAGUUCAGCAACCAGCACAGGCCACAUGACCCCAUCAUGUCGGGGUGCCUGCCCAGCAACCCCUGGAUCACAGACGAUGACACCUACUGGGCCAUGAACGCACCCCGUGUGGCUGAGCCCACACAGCUCCGUGUGGAGCGCUGGGCCUUCAGCUUCCAGGAGCUCUUACAAGACCCCGUGGGACGGGCCCAUUUCAUGGACUUUCUCAGGAAAGAGUUCAGUGCCGAGAACCUGAGCUUCUGGGAGGCAUGCAAGGAGCUGCGCCAUGGAGGGCAGGCCCAGGUCCCCGCCCUGGUGGACGCCGUGUACCAGCAGUUCCUGGCCCCUGGCGCUGCCCGCUGGGUCAACAUCGACAGCCAGACGAUGGAGCGGACCCUGGAGGGUCUGCGCCGGCCCCACCGCUACGUGCUGGAUGCUGCUCAGCUGCACAUCUAUAUGCUGAUGAAGAAGGACUCCUACCCGAGGUUCCUGAAGUCGGAUAUGUACAAAGCCUUGCUGGCGGAAGCCGUGAUCCCCCCGGAGACGAAGAGACGGGUGUUCCCGUUCAUGUGGAAGCCACGGCGUUCGAGCCCCAGCCCUGCUCUCCUUCCUGCCUCAGCCUCUGGGGAUUGUGCGGCUGCUCCUGGGGGUCCUGGGGGUGGUCCUGGGGAGGCCUAGGUGGGCCUGAGCCUGGAGGAGGAGGUGGACAUCCUCGCCUCCUGCCUCUCACCCGGGGGGCCUGGCAGCUGCUGAACCCCCAGCAUGGGCGUCCCCUUGUGCACAGAGUGUUUUGCCUUCCUGUGGGGCACACGUGUCUCUCUCAGGCUUUCCAGCAAGGACAGGUACAGGGGCUGACUCCCAGGGAGGAAGUGUCAUUGGCUGAGCGUGGGUCACCUGGAGAAAUGUGGGACGGGAUGGGCAAACCAGACCAGGCCACGCUCCUGGCAACCUGUGGUCUUCAGUUUGGCAUUGGGGGCCCACUCCCAUCUCCAGAACCAUGAAAUCGGCUUGCGAGUACCUGGGAGUAAGAUGCACAGACAGGUGGUGUCCGGCAGGUGGCACUUGUCGCCUGGUGAGGAAAUGCAGGCUUCAGGGCCAAUUUACCCACUGCACUUUGCCCAGUACGACCCUACGAGGACCCCACCGAGUUCCCUGAAGUUUGCUGGGGCCGCGCUCAGCCUUCCACCGAGUCCAGAGCCGUUCACACAGGUGCCACCCUGACUUUCACUGUCACUGCAUGUGUCCCAGACCUUGUCCUGAAGAUGUACCUUCAUCUGGUCCUGAGGCUGUGGCUUCUCUGCUAGAGCUGUAGAGUCACCACCCUUCUCACAACCCGUCCUGGUUCACAGCCCUGCCUGGGUGGGUGGGUGGAGCCUUUGGGAAGAGCAGGGACACCAGUGGAAGCCCCACUCUCCCCCAGACUCCGGGUGAAGGGAGC